CCCUGAGCAGUUUUCCCCAAGUCUCUGUCUAAGCCUGGGUACCCAUGCUCUCCUCAAGCCCUUCUCCCUGUGGUUCAGUGCCCAAUGGGGACCCGGAGAAUAACAGUAAACAGGUUCAAUGGGCUUCUGUCAUUGAGAGGAUGCCGUCGGAGGAAGGGCACUCAAAGCCCCAGCUGGAUUCUUCCAAAGCUCCAGUUCCAAAGGCCCGAAGACCAAGCCGUUUGACAGUGAAGUAUGACCGGGGGCAGCUACAGACGUGGCUAGAGAUGGAGCAGUGGGUGGAUUCCCAGCUGCAGGAGCUGUACCAGGAACAAUUGUCCUCUGUGCCUGAGUUUGCCCUAGAAGACUUCAUUGAACUCUCUACAGAAGAACAGAAAACCAAAUUGCAGGCAUUGCUCCAAGAGUGUGUCAGUCCUACAGAGCCUUUUAUCUCUGAGCUGCUCAGUCGCCUCAAGAAACUCCGAAGGCUCAGCCGGCCUCAGAAGUAAAACCUUACACACCUCCUUACCUACCCCUAGACCUCAGCUGACUGUGGACCCUUCCUGCCUCCCAGAGCCACCCCCUCGACUCUGUAGCUUUGCGUGCGGAGAUGAACAGCAAGUCCUGUCAGGACACACGUGCCAGGGGGUUGGGUGAUGAGAGAUGUGUGGACACUGCCCUAGGGGUACGGGGCAUAUACAGUUUCAGAUGAGACUCGGCAGUGACUGGACAAGUGACCCUGGGUCACCACCUCUAGGGUUCUUUGGCGAACCCCCGACUUGUUUUGAAUGU